UCUCUUAUUUCAUAGCACAGCCGCCAUCUUGUUAAUACUCGUGUCUCCUGUGGAUUCAUCUUUUCAAAUCGAUUUGCUCGCUCAUAAUUGUAGAUAAAUUGUAAAUACGUUUGUAUAUAGUAUCAAAGAGUGCGAAUAGUUUAUUUUUAUCGGCCUUCGGCACUUCCCUGUUGUUCGCAAUGCCGUUUCGAGCGCGUUGUUGUUGUCCUCGUCACGAUGAAUGGAAACACGGGAAUGUCAAAGAAGAGCAAUUACGCCAGUGCAGCCGCAAGGAAGCAAGCGUCUUCAACCUAAUUGCCACUGAGGACCCGAAGAAUAAGGGCAGAAAAAGAAAAAUUUGUGUUUCUUGCCGUUCUAGGCUGGAAGUUGAAGUCAAGUGCCAAAAACUAGAGGAAAUUUGUAUGAGGGUGCAGACCUCACCUGAAGGUGUGUUUGAUUCAAUGUCGUGUGACACCCCUAAUGCUUCCUGUGUGGGAGGUGAGCUUGGUGAUGGCGAGGACCUGUUAGAACCCGAACCAGAACUAAUGACUCACAUCUUGACCUCGUCUGUGUCAACCUCAUGUGACAAAGGCACUCAAAAACCUCCAGUACGAAAGGCCCCUUACAAAGACUUGUCAGACCGGUCAAAAAGACUAGUCAGGGCUGACAUGAUUGACUUGUUGAGAGAUGAAGCCAUGAAAACAGUUCAUUUUGUACCAGAAGAUCUGGCCAAAUUUAUGGAUGAGUUACUUCAAAACAAGAAUUUUUGUUCGGCAUUUGGGCUUGUCCAAGACAUUUCAAAAAAUCCUACAAUGCAGUGUCUCAUAAAGGAAUACCAAGCUUGUAUGGACAAAGAAAAGAAGCAAGAAGUGAGAAGGAGAUCCUUGAAACAAACAAGCAAGGUUUGCAUUGGCAAUUCGCUAAAUGAUUCACGUGUGACUCUCACAGGUGAGAAAACACCAGAACACUUCAAGGACAGGGUAACUGCUGCCAAUUCCAUUGGCAGGCUGACCUGCUAUGCAGAUGAGAGGCGAAGAAUAUUGUCAAUUGUUGCAUUGGAUUAUCCAUACGGUGUGUUGCAGGAUUUGUUUAACUGUUCGUCAAAGACGAUAGCAGCUGCUAAGGUCCACUGCAUUUUGUUUGGUCGUGGUGGAACCCCUCCAGCAAAAUUCAAGUUUAGGAGACAGUGUGUCAGUCCUGACAUACUGAUGGAACUAUCUGAAUUUUUCAAUAGAGAAAGUGUUUCAAGGCCUUCUUCCUGCAGAAGUGUUAUGAUCGACGGCCAGGAAACACCAGUCAGGUACUGGAAGGACAGCAUUAAGGAACUUGUCAACCAGUACUUGCUUGAGUAUCCCAGUGGUGUAAAACGCACCUACAUUUACACCCACCUUCCAUCCAACUUUCGUUACAACACAAUGCUGGCAGGGUUGUGUAACCUGUGUGAUGAGUUUGGUUACUCCAAUUUUGAGAAGUUUAUGUCUUUCCUUACCUGUGUAGAAAGAGCAACGACUGUUUCUGUCAAUGAUUUUAAGGGCAAAGUUUUACAGUACCAGCGCUUUAUGAAGACCCAAUUUGCCCAUCAAGUGCAGAGGCAUUCCCCAUGCUUAGAACUCUGCAUGAACAAUGCAUUUGCCUCCUGUUCGCAGCCACAUGACAGGUUUUGCCCAGAUGCAUGUGUGCUCUACGAUGUUUGCAAGCAACUACGCACACUGCUGUCCGGUAUCCCAAGUGCCAGUGAACGAGAAAGCUUGACAAAGGAACUUGAUGAACUCAUGAAGGUUCACACCCAAUAUGUGGCACAUCUACUACGCACACGACACCAAGGCGAUUAUUAUAAGUACAUUCUGGAUAACUUGCAACCAGGCGAGGCUGUGGUAAUCGUGGAUUACAAAAUGAAAUUGGAGUUGGGUGUCAGAGCAAGAGAAAUCCAGAGAGACUGGUAUGGGAAGCGUGGAAUUUCCCUUCAUGGCUUCCUUGCCAUUGCCCAAGUGAGUGAAACAGAGAGAAGAACAGAGGUAAUUGACCUCUGGAGCGAGGACACCAAACAGGACGCUUGGUUCAGCCAGAGUGCUAUGGAUGUUGGCUUCCGCUGGAUGGAAAAGGAGUUCCCUGGCUUUCGAGUGUAUUUAUUUUCUGACAAUGGUCCACACUACCACAAUACUGGAUUUAUCCUCUAUUUGGCAGAAGUCAGCAAAGCAUUCCAGUUGACCCUUGUUGAAUACAACAACUUUGAGGCCGGUGAGGGGAAAUCAAAGCUGGAUACCCACUUUGCCCACAUCAGUCAUAAGAUUGUUAGAUGGGUUAGAGUGGGUAACAACUUGGAAACAGGAAGUCAGUUGGGAGAACUGAUUGGGGUAUGUAUAUUUGUUUGAUUUAAACUCUUCA